AUGUUGGACAAAACCAUCAUCGGAGGCAGUUGGGAGAGCGUGAUUUCUAGAGAUGAGUACGAGUUAGACUACAGUCCGAGUCCUAGAGGUUCACCUUUGAAAGAAACAUCUAACAUCCAAGAAGAGCAACCCUAUCUCAUCAGCCGCCACAACCCCAAUAAAACCUUCAGACGUGAAUCAGUGAUAGCAUCCUGGAAAAGCCUUAAGAAGGAAAGAGAACAGGCUUUAGGUAAACGCAUCAUCUAUGUAGAUGCUGACAAUUACGUAGAUUAUUACGAGAGGAACAAAGUUAAGAGAUGCAAAAGCGAGAGAACGGCAAACACACCAAAAAUUCUCAAGAAGGUUAAACGUACGUACUCCGUGCUGUACAGAUAUGACCCCAAUGAAGAACGAGUUGUCAAGGAGUACAAAUACCAACCGGUCAGGGACAACGAGGUAACUGUCAACUCAACCAUGCAGAAGUCUUAUUCAGAACCUUUCCUGAGACAGGAGACGGCGCCGAAGAAAAAAGCUAAGAGAUCCAUCACCACACUAUUGAAUAUUAAAACAAAAUUCUUCAACAUAUUCUCAUCCAAGUGA